AACCGCCGAAGUCGGAGCAGAAAGACAGAGGCAGAGGGACCGUUACAGCCUCUUACCGGGUACAGGGAAACGGCUAUUUCACGAACCGGCUACGGAGAAGGGCGGCUCCCGCAUGCGUGCGGCCAAGCCGGCCCUCCCUGCCUAAAAGAGCGGGCGGCGCCCGCCGGCAGCUCCCCGGGGCAGGGCAGGGCGGGGCGGAGCACUGUGCUGCGCCGCUAUAACAGCCGCGGCACAGCGUCCGUCCCUUCUCCCUCAGUCUCUAGUGCCGUUCGCGCUGCCAGACUUUGCCGUUUCCCGGAGAGGCGGGCGCUGCACGCCGAGCCGGCCCGCGGCGGAGAAAGGCCGACGAUGGACCGCGAGGGACCGGAUGCGGCCCGCCGCGAGGCAGAGGUGGAGCGCGGCCGUUACUUGGACCGCCGGGCCGUGGCCCAGGAGCAGCUGGCGCAAAUAAAGGAGCACAAGCAUCAGGCAGAGCUGGCCAAGCUAGAAAACAAAAGAGAAGGCGAACAAAUCCAGAGAUUGAACCAACUGUACCACUUGGAAAUUCAGAGAGGAAAAGAAAAGGAACAGGAGGAAAAAACUGAACGCCAGAGGCUGCAUCAUGAGCAUGUAGCUGAACAGAAAGUAAUUAAAGCUGAAAAGAAACAAAAAGAUGAUGAUGAUGAUGAUCGGAUUAAGGCUUAUAUUAAAGAAAAAGAAAUGAUGGCUGAUCUGUCAAGAGAAAAAGAUGCAGAGACUAAUAGGCUAAUACAACAACAUAAGGACAAAGCUUUUGACCAACUAACUGCACAGAUGAAUGAGGCAUGUAAAAUUGAAGAUGAUCGUCUUGCUAGAGGAGCUGCAGAGGUAGAAGCCGAAUACCAAAUGAAAAACAAAGAGAAAGAAGCAAAGAAAAAGGCAACCAUUGAAUCUAUUGCUGAACACAGAGCCACUGUGAUGAGGAUGAAAGUGGAAAAGGAGAGAGAGGAAAAAGCAGAGGAUGAGAAGGAUCGUAAUCAGUGGAUGACAGCAGAUCGUAUCUACCUGGAAAUGGAAAAAGCCAAGAAACAAAGACAACAUGAUGCAAACAUGGAAGUACAGAAAAUUCAGAUCCAGCAAAUGGCUGAAAAGCAGGCCAAAAAACAGCAGGAAAAGCAAGCAGAUUUGGACUAUGAUGCUGAGAGAGAAGCUGCUUUUCAUAAGGAUCGAGCAUUUCAGCGAUGAAGGCAAAAUACAUCUGACAGAUACUUCUGGAUUUACUAAGGAAUAAGAAGCUAGCCACUGCCUCCUUACAAGUUACACGUGCCUGCAAAACCAAUCAGUGCCCAAUAACUGAAGCUAACUGGAGCAAGUUACAAGGCACGCUGUUUGCCAGCACCUGCCUAUACUAAACCUCAGCGCAAGAAGCAAGUAUCAUAGCUACAGCCAUAGCUUGCAACUGUAACUACUCUAGUGUUAUUAUGGAACAAAGCAGUAGAUUCACUUUCUAGGAAGUUAAGAGGUAACAACCAAAGGCAAACUAUGAAUUCAUGUGUACUUUACUCUUCAAGUAUUGCUGGGCCUCCAGGCUUAAUUCAAACCUUAUGUUUUGGCUUAAAAAAAUUCUUACUGAGCAAAUAAUAAAAUUGAGUGAGCUGUUUAAAAACAUCUGCCUGUAACAAUAA